AUGUCAUGCUUUCUCCUACCAAAAGAGAUACUAAACAAGCUUCAAGGUGUAAUAGCGAAGUUUUGGUGGAGUACGAAAGCUAAUAAUAGAGGACUUCACUGGAUAGCAUGGGAGAAAAUAUGCUUGCCAUUCGAUAAAGGGGGUUUAGGCUUCAGGGAUCUCCACGAUUUUAAUCUGGCCUUAUUAGCCAAGCAACUAUGGAGGCUUCUGCAUCAUCCAAAUUCCUUACUUGCCCGCGUCCUGAAAGGAAGAUAUUUCAGGCACUCUAACCCUAUGGAGGUCAAAUCGUCAAACUCCCCAUCCUACGGAUGGAGAAGUAUUCUUGCUGCACAAGACUUCCUCCGCGAAGGACUGCAGAACACGAUAGGGUCAGGAUUUAGCACACGCGUAUGGCUAGACCCGUGGAUCCCAACGUCCCCGACAAGAUCGGCCAUAGACGCUAGCGUGUAUCGUGACAAAGAUCUAUUGGUUAGUUAUCUCAUUGAUGAGACUUCAAAACAAUGGAGAACUGAUAUACUUGAGGCGCUAAUAGACCAAGGAGACAUCCCGUUGAUACGGAGUUUACGUCCAAGUUACAUAGGCAAAGAAUAUGGUAUCUGUUGGAUCUUUACGAAAUCAGGUCUUUAUACCGUCAAGUCGGGGUAUGAGCCGAUCUCCUUGCUAAAGGAGCCCGUCUUCAAAAUUCUAUUAUAUCCCAUGUAA